UAAAAUUGUUGUGUUUGUGAUUUUUACUAAAAUUUUAAUUUUUCACAUAAAAAUAUAGGUUUUUCCAAAUAAACAUAAGUUAUCUCAAGAUAACUAAUGAUUUUGAUUCACUUUACAUGAUGACUUGAAAUCGUAUGUAAAUAAGUGUUCGUUAGUUUUGUUCUUUUUUAUCUUCUUUUCGAUUUGUCUAAUUUUAUUUUACACCAAUAUAUUUUCCUUGAAUGCUUGUAUAAACAAACAAGGAGCCAUUAAAGUGAAAGUAGCAGAAGUGGUAGACCUUGACAACAUGCACACGGAGGAAGACGACGUCCCAAUCACACCCAAGAAAAAACUCGACAAAGGUCAGUCAUCGAGCGACACCGCAGACAGCUCCGACAAGAGUGAUCCUAAAAAGACGGACGGUGAAGACCCGAAGCCUCGGAUAGUACUGACCUUUCGCUCAGACAAAAAAAAUUGCAACAUGAAGAUUGUUCCCAAUGAUGAGAAGCACGAGGAGUCCUCUCCAUCUCCACGCCGCUCGACGCGCUCCAGGCACAAGUGGGAGUGGUCCGAGGAUGCUGAAAUGUCAAUAUCUCCAAAAAAAGAAAAAAACUCCAGCCAGUCUGUCUCAGAGAAUGAUGAAGCCUCAGACAGCUCUCAUGCUACACCAAAGAGGUUGACAAGAGGUCGAAGCAAAGAAUCUUCGGACAAUGUUUUAGCUAAUGCCAUAGCCAGGAAGGAGAAGUCAUACAAUGAAGCUGCUCCUGGGCCAACCCAGCGGUUGUCACGUCGUAUAAAGCCAACUGCUAAGAUACUUGCUAACGAAGAGUUGAGGAUUGGGCUGGAGUCCCAGAACAACGCCAGACUAGGACUACAGAGUGACAAACCUGAAGAAGGUGUGAGAACUAGGAAGUCCGCUAGGUCCAUGCCACCUGAAGUAGAUCUGACUCAAGUGACUCCAGCUAUGUACUUGCUAGAUAGGAACAAAAAAGAGACCAGGAGUUCCAAAGCCGUCGAGGAAGAGGAAGCACCUGAGGUCAGCGAUGAGGCCAAACAAAGCCCCAACACCGUCAUGAAGCUCAAGCACCUCUGCGAGCUCGGCCUGAAGGCAAUCAACCCGGAGACAAUGGAAGAUGAGGGCCAAGAAGAGGAAGAAUACGAGAAUGAGGAAUUGGAAGAAGAUGAAGAUGAGAUCGACGACGACUCAGAAGUGAUCAGCAAGCUGCUAGAAGCAGACGACGAUGAUGACAGCGAUGAGGACUUCAGCUGCUCGGCUGAGGUGUCUCAAGCCAAGCGCCCCAGGCGGUCCACGAGGCUCUGCUCGUCGUAUGGGGAGUCAGAACUUGCGCCCUUCACUGUGGAUGAUGAUCAGAAAGAAGAAUACAACUACCGCCCGUCGCGUAAGAGAUCGCGCAGAAACGAGGAAGUGCCAGUGGAGGAACCAGAAGAAAGUAAAAGUAAUAGGGAUGUUCUCCCGCGUCGCGCCAAGAAUACCGACCCGUGGAAGCGGAGUGACUCCAAAACGCCCGACACCCAGUCCGUGGUCAACAUACCGGAUGACAAUGACGAGCCGGCCGGCGGCGACGAAGGCUCCGAGGCGGCGUGCCCUGAAGACGAGGCCAGUACGGCCGCCACGUGCUUCUGCGAGACGCCCAGCAACAUAUAUGCGGCGCCCGGGGAACUCACUGAGCCGGUGUUCUGCCAAGCGAUCGAGACAGUCGACGGCGUCCGCGUGGGCUGCUCGCACGCCGCCGCGCGCGAAGAUGGGACGCUCCGCCCUCUAUUACGCGCCGGGCCACGCGCGCCCUUCGUGCUGACAUGCACGUUACACGCGGCUCAGCUACGCGCGCAUAUGUGCUGCCCCAACUGCGGACUGUUUUGCACUCAGGGCACGUUCUACCAAUGCUCCCUGGGCCACCUAUUCCACUUAGAGUGUGGGUUGCCUCACUCCCGCUGGAAUCGCUGGUCGAGCGACGCGAAGGCUCGCCCGGGCUGCCCGCACUGCGGCGUGGGCGCGCGGCGCUGGACGCCUCGGAACAGCGCCUGCCGCCGCGUGGCGCUGCGGAUGGACUGCAGCAACAAGCGCAUCUUCCUGCCUGACCAGCGCGAGCAGUGCACCCCCGCAUACCUCGGGUUCACCAGCCUAGCAAAGCCUCAGGAGGAACCGAUGCCCCUCAUCCCCGAAGGCUUGCUGCCCUCUCCGCCUAUAGACUUGAAGGCGCUAUGCGAGAGCAACGCGGCCAAGUGCGACCCGUCACGCUCGCCCGCGCAAAGUCUUUGUGACGCCAUACUGGCGGGAGAAUCUAUACAGCAGCUGUUGCCGAAGAUUGCCGCUGCUCGCUCGACAAUCAACGAGCAAAUAACAUCGUUGAUGGGCGGCAGCUGCGUGCACGCGGCGUGCAAGCGGGGUGACGUCGCCGCGCUGUACUUGCUGCAGUACGCCGGCGCGGACUUGUGUGCGGCCGACAACGCGCUGCGGACGCCGCUCGUACUCGCCGCGCAGUGUGAGUACCCGUACAAGUACAAGCGAGACGACGCGGCCGCGCUGUACUUGCUGCAGUACGCCGGCGCGGACUUGUGUGCGGCCGACAACGCGCUGCGGACGCCGCUCGUACUCGCCGCGCAGUGUGAGUACCCGUACAAGUACAAGCGAGACGACGCGGCCGCGCUGUACUUGCUGCAGUACGCCGGCGCGGACUUGUGUGCGGCCGACAACGCGCUGCGGACGCCGCUCGUACUCGCCGCGCAGUGUGAGUACCCGUACAAGUACAAGCGAGACGACGCGGCCGCGCUGUACUUGCUGCAGUACGCCGGCGCGGACUUGUGUGCGGCCGACAACGCGCUGCGGACGCCGCUCGUACUCGCCGCGCAGUGUGAGUACCCGUACAAGUACAAGCGAGACGACGCGGCCGCGCUGUACUUGCUGCAGUACGCCGGCGCGGACUUGUGUGCGGCCGACAACGCGCUGCGGACGCCGCUCGUACUCGCCGCGCAGUGUGAGUACCCGUACAAGUACAAGCGAGACGACGCGGCCGCGCUGUACUUGCUGCAGUACGCCGGCGCGGACUUGUGUGCGGCCGACAACGCGCUGCGGACGCCGCUCGUACUCGCCGCGCAGUGUGAGUACCCGUACAAGUACAAGCGAGACGACGCGGCCGCGCUGUACUUGCUGCAGUACGCCGGCGCGGACUUGUGUGCGGCCGACAACGCGCUGCGGACGCCGCUCGUACUCGCCGCGCAGUGUGAGUACCCGUACAAGUACAAGCGAGACGACGCGGCCGCGCUGUACUUGCUGCAGUACGCCGGCGCGGACUUGUGUGCGGCCGACAACGCGCUGCGGACGCCGCUCGUACUCGCCGCGCAGUGUGAGUACCCGUACAAGUACAAGCGAGACGACGCGGCCGCGCUGUACUUGCUGCAGUACGCCGGCGCGGACUUGUGUGCGGCCGACAACGCGCUGCGGACGCCGCUCGUACUCGCCGCGCAGUGUGAGUACCCGUACAAGUACAAGCGAGACGACGCGGCCGCGCUGUACUUGCUGCAGUACGCCGGCGCGGACUUGUGUGCGGCCGACAACGCGCUGCGGACGCCGCUCGUACUCGCCGCGCAGUGUGAGUACCCGUACAAGUACAAGCGAGACGACGCGGCCGCGCUGUACUUGCUGCAGUACGCCGGCGCGGACUUGUGUGCGGCCGACAACGCGCUGCGGACGCCGCUCGUACUCGCCGCGCAGUGUGAGUACCCGUACAAGUACAAGCGAGACGACGCGGCCGCGCUGUACUUGCUGCAGUACGCCGGCGCGGACUUGUGUGCGGCCGACAACGCGCUGCGGACGCCGCUCGUACUCGCCGCGCAGUGUGAGUACCCGUACAAGUACAAGCGAGACGACGCGGCCGCGCUGUACUUGCUGCAGUACGCCGGCGCGGACUUGUGUGCGGCCGACAACGCGCUGCGGACGCCGCUCGUACUCGCCGCGCAGUGUGAGUACCCGUACAAGUACAAGCGAGACGACGCGGCCGCGCUGUACUUGCUGCAGUACGCCGGCGCGGACUUGUGUGCGGCCGACAACGCGCUGCGGACGCCGCUCGUACUCGCCGCGCAGUGUGAGUACCCGUACAAGUACAAGCGAGACGACGCGGCCGCGCUGUACUUGCUGCAGUACGCCGGCGCGGACUUGUGUGCGGCCGACAACGCGCUGCGGACGCCGCUCGUACUCGCCGCGCAGUUGUUGGUAGAAAAAUCUGAAAAGAAGAGUCCAAUCAAGUCAAAGAAACUAAAAGAAAAGGAAAUUAAAGAAGACAGCAAAUCUAAAGAAGAAACUGACGAGGAUACCAAAGAAGGAAUAGAAGAACAGGAUGACAGCAUCGCGAGUAUAGAAGAAUGCAAAGUGGGAAAAGCUAGCAGAGAGGAUCUUAUGAAGUUCGUUCGGUACUUAGUCGCGGCUGGCUGUGACAUAAACAUACAGGGUCCUGAAGGCAUGACAGCUUUGCAUAUAGCAGCGCAAGGUGGUGACGUAGAGCUAUGUACAGCGUUGCUAGAGGCGGGAGAUGUGUCGGUAGACUCACGAGACUUGGGAGGGUGGACGCCGCUCGUGUGGGCGGCUGAGAACGACCACGUCGACGUCGUCAGAUUGCUACUAUCACGUGGCGCGGACGCCACGACACGUGAUUCCGAAGGCAACGGCUGCGUGCACUGGUGCGCGCUGGCCGGCCACGCGCGCUCGCUGCGACUGUUGCUCGCCGCCGCGCCGCAUGCUCACGCUGCGCCCAACGCGCACAAAGACACGCCUCUACACGUUGCCGCCCGUCAAGGACACUACUCUUGCGUCGUUAUCUUGUUGGCGAGGGGAGCACGGACGGACGUGGAGAACUCGGCGGGCGAGCUGCCGGUGGAAGUUUGCAGCGGCGCGUGCCAGAGCGUCGUCUCGCUCAACAUGCAAAUGUCGCUCGCGGCUAAAGGCCAGCUGCGCCGCGGCAAGCUGCUGGCCAGCGACCUGUCAAACGGCUGCGAGACGUACGCGCUACCGUGUGUUAACCAAGUGGACGAUACGCCCGCGCCGGAUGACUUCACCUACGUCACCGACCACGUCAUGCCCGAGCCGCUCAGCAUAGACAACACGAUACAGAGUAUGCAGGGUUGUGAAUGCAAGGACGGCGACUGCAGCGGCGGCGGCUGCGCGUGCUGCGUGCUGAGCGUGCGGCGCUGGAGCUCGGCGCUGGGCCGCCUGCCGCCCGCCUUCCCGCACCACGACCCGCCCAUGAUGUUCGAGUGCAACGCCACCUGCGCUUGCAAUAAGCGCAAAUGCGGCAACAUGGUAAUAUCGCGUUUACAACAACGCGGCUCGCUGUUCAUCCGCGCGGAAGUCUUCCGUACUGCCCGCGCGGGCUGGGGGCUGCGAGCCGUGUCGGCGGUGCCGCGCGGCUCUCCCGUGGCGCUGUACUGUGGCGAGUUACUGCCUCUAGCUAGAGCGGACGCGCGGCCUAAUGACCAGUAUCUGUUCGCGCUUGAUAUUAAGCCUGAUCUGCAGCAGGUAAUACUUUAUGCAAUGCGGCGACAAAGGGACCCUAUGCGUGGACGCAUGCAUAUGGGGUUCAGCGGCGCGCUUCAUGAACCACAGCUGUGCGCCCAACCUGGCCCCACUUCGCGUGUUCACGCGGGCACGCGACCUCGCCGCGCCCGUCGUCGCGCUCUACGCCAUGCGUUUGAUUACGGUGACAAGUUCUGGUCCGUCAAAUCGAAGUGGAUGAAAUGUGAAUGCGGUUCUCCAGAGUGCAGAUAUCCAGUAAAAUCCACGGAGGCCGACGCUUAA